AUGGUCUAUCAUUUUCUUUUAAAAAUUGGAAAUGUUAAUAAAAAAUCUCUUUAUGUAGCAUGUGAUAAGUGUUCUGGGUGGAUAAAUACACAAAAUAUGAAUUUCAACAAUGAAAAUCCAAGAACAGGUCAAGGCCAGAGAUGUCGGAAUGAAAAUUAUGGAGAAUAUGAAGAAAUCACUAAAUUUUCGGUUGACAAUAAUGAUAAUAACAAUUAUGUUGAUGAUAAUGUUGAAAAUACAUCGGCGCUCGAUAUA